AACAACAGCAACAGCAACAACAACAGCAGCAACAGCAGCAACCGUUCACGCAACCACCGGCGCCACCUUACGGUCAACAACGACCAAUAAGGCCGUCCCUUCUCGGUUACGGUGGGUUUAGCGAAGGCUACGGUCAGCCCGGUUUAAAGCCGACACCGCCACCGAUACCUUCCCCGCAAGGUGUGAUGGGACCUCCAGGGAUCUCUGUACAGCAACAGCUCAUGCAGUCCGUACGAUCUCCGCCACCCAUUCGAUCUCCUCAACCGAAUCCUUCACCGCGACCGGUUCCAUCCCCGCGCAACCAACCAGUUCCUUCGCCUCGAUCGGGGCCGGUGCCAUCACCUCAUCAUCAUCCGCCACACGGCACGCCAACGCAUUCGCCGGCUCACGAGCUCGGCGGCCCUAGCGAGAUGAUGCUUUCACAGCUGAACGGCGGCACGGGAGCGCCAACGGGUCAUCCGGGCGCAAUGCCCCAUCAUCCAUCGCCGGCCCCGCCGCCGACCAGUGGUGCGGACUCCAGUGAAGUGACGCCGAUGACUCCGCAAGACCAACUCUCGAAAUUCGUCGAAGGAUUGUAGUGACUGUUAGUGAAGAGUCGGUCGAUGCUACAAGUGACUACGUAAAUAUAAUCGGUCGAACGGAUGGCUGAUGUUCGGCGCCGUUCCCACCGUUCGAAGGACGGUCGAUGUUGCAGCUUCGGACCCCACCGCCGCCAUGAGGCGGCGGAAGGGUGUGCAACCCCAAUCCGUUCUUCUGCUGCGUUCCUAGCUUCGUGGAGAUCAAGGUACCCCGCCGAUCACACACGUCCCGGUGCGACGGACGAGAGUCAGAGUACCUAUUCCCCCCUCCAACACUGAGAUUGGUGCGACCAAAUUAAUCCGGACGACGACGCGUGUUCCCUCUUUUUAUCUCCGAGUUAAGGGUGCGGGAGCGAUAACAGCGUGAUGUGGUGCUGCUGCUUUAGGAGACGCUCUCCGCGAUAAUGCUACAGUUGGCUCAAUGGACACACUUUGAACUUCUUACGUUACUCUGUACUGUUCGUACCUCAACCUCUUGACUCCUCUUCAUCGUCAUAUCCCCCGUGACUCCCAUGCCACCCCCCCUCCCUCCCUCCCUGAAACUCCCGUAAUCGAGAACCGGUGGAAAGUCGUGAACAAUUCGAUACCGAAACUACAUGUAAAAUCAAGAGAGAGAGAGAGACUAUCGAUACGUCCUACCCUGUACACACACAUAUACAUACACAUAUACCUGCACACACUCUUGAAUGAGACGAACUGAAAUUCGUACACACACGAAAAUUUGGCAAUAUCGAAAGAUCACACGCCGCCAUACAUUGAGAAAAUCAUCAACUCCCGUUCUUACGCAAUCCCCUUACCCCUGUGAACACACGCAUCCAGGCAUACAGAGAGAAAGAGAGAAUAGCAAGUGAGAUUGAGCGAGAUUACAUCCAAAACACACGACCUUUUUCAUCUUUACCACCUUCCCCUCGCUGCUGCUCGUGCAGGCUGAGUGAAAUCGUACAAAUGUGUUGUGUAUACUUAACGUUAAUUAAUAAUUAAUAGUUCAAAUACUAUUAGCGUAGCAAUUAUAUGCAGUUAUUAUAUACCACUAUUAUUAUUAUUAUCGUGACGAGAUGCAAAAGUAUAUAUAUAUAUAUCAUAUAUAUAUACACACAAACGAAAAAGGUGAUGAAUAUCUGAGGAUCGUAUGAAAGGGAGAAGGAGAGAGAGAUCGCGCGCGCGUGAGAGAAAAAGAGAGAGAG